AUGUCGACCGUCGCACCUUACGAAGGUCUUGUCUGGUGCGGCUUUACCAUCCUGGUCCACUCACUCCACUCCAUCUACAAGACUUCAUAUCCUCCGCCAGCCACACACCCUAAUUCACCCCCCGAACAAUGGCAGAUCUCCUCCGCCGGCGCCACGAACGCGACUACAGUCACCCCAACGGCCACCUUCUUUCCGGAGCCGAAGACCUUGACCGAUGAGGUCUACAAGACCAUCAUCCAAACAGAGACUGCGACGCGCACCACCACUACAACAGCUACGGUUCCAAAGACCGUAUACGCCACGGUGACUGAACAUGUGACAUCCGUGUCAACCUCCAUAGACCACCACUGGCUCACGAAGUGGACACACUACCCCAUCGACCCGGCAACCCCAUACACAACAAUACUCUACACUCCCGAUGCCACUCUGAGCCCGAGUACUCCUGAGCCUGAAGCGUACCCUCCAGUCACCACACAAAUGCCCGCGACAGCGUCUACCUCAGCAACAUGGUUCCCAUGGAGAGCGUUCUCGGCCAUCCUCCUCGCCUUACUGAUGAUCUCUAUUGCCGCAAUCGCGCUCAUGUGGUACCGUGAGCCAAGGGUAAUCAGACUAUCAGGACAGUUGAAGAGUAAGCAAGUGGCCUACGAGACAAUGAAGCGAAGCCGCGCGGAAAUUGCAGAGAAGGCACUGGCCGAGCGAGCAACUCUGCUUCAUAGAUGCGACAAGGCUGAGCGGUCAGCUAAGCUUCUGCCCGGGCGAGAUGCGAUACUUCAAGGCCUCGGUGUUCUUGAAGCUGGCGAAGGCGAAAUUGACCAAAAGACACUCAAUAUCAGGUUAGAGGCUAGACUGAGCACUCUGGUCGCGAACAAACAGCGCCUAGAAUACCUGGAACUGGACAACAAGACCCAAAGAACGGAGAUCAGGGACCUCAAAGAGACCAUCAUGACCCGACUGCGCAGUCAGUACGUUUCUGGCGUCGUACGUACCUUCGACGAGUUGCUUCAAGACAAGCAACAAGAAAUCACAAACCUUCGAAAAAUGAUCAACACUGGCAACGUUGGCGAGGCUGUCAAGGAGUCCGCCCAGCUGCACGAAGAGAAAGAGGCUGAGCUCAUUGAGCUACGGCCUCUGCGCACCAAGGUCGUUGCCCUAGAGCAGGCGCUCAACGAAGCCAAGAACGAGACUUUGCUAGUUCAGGCUCAGAAGAAGACCCAGGGUGUAGAAGACGAACGGCGUUGGAACGGGCAGCGUGACAAGUUGCGCAAAGAACAUCGCACCAACGCCGAUGCCCUGAAAGCGAAGCACCACAGUGAAAUGACCACACUGAAGGCAAGCAUCAAUACGGCUAACUGUCUGGGAGACCCAGACCUACGAAACGCCCUGGUUCAGGCAGACCAAAAGUCCGCGGAACUGGAGAAGCAGCUGAAACUUGCCUCACAGCAGGUCUUGGACAUGUCGGCGAGGAACCCCGCGAUCAACCCCCCGUCUACUUCCACUAUGGAGAGGGAUCUCCGAGACCAGGUUCAUAAAUUGAACGUCGAAGUGCAGAAGUUGAAUACCUACGUCAUGGUCCUCACUCAGGAGCGCGAUACCGCCAUCGGAGAGACUACUGAAGCCAAGUCUAAGGGCGAGGAGGUUUACCGUCAGUUGCAAGAUCUCCAGGCAGUAGGAGGCAACAAUGGGACGCCAGCUGCAACAAUCGCGCAAUACCAGGCGAACUUGGCGCAGAAAGACGAGACUAUCAAGGACUUACGGAUCAAAUUUGACAAGAAGACGGCACUGGCCAACCAACUUCAGCAAGAUGGUAACCAAGAGAUCAGCCAACGUAACGAGAAGAUACAGCAGCUUGAAUUGGAUGCGACAAAUAACAAUCAGAUCUUUGCCUCUUUGCAACAGCGUAUCAGUUCUCUCGAACUCGAUGUCGCGGCUAAGAAGAGCGAAGUUCAAAAUCGCGAUGCGCGCAUCCAGGAGAUGAACCACCGCCAACCCGCAACCAUCGGUGUAGCGUCUUCAACGCAGAUUGAGGCGUUGAAGAAAGAGCUCAAGGCUGAGAAAGACAAGUAUCUCCUCGACGUGAAUGACCUCAAGAACAAGCUUGAUGACGCAGAGCGCAAUGAAGAGAAGGUCAAAACGCAACUCAAGGAAGCCAUCGCAUCGCGAGACAAUGUCAUCGCUGCGAAGAUUGCAGAGUGCAAACGUGAGCGCCAGCAGGAGAUUGAUGACUUAAAGAACUCGGAAGCAAGUUCGAAGAUCAAGUCGUUACAGUACCAAAUUGAGGAAUACAAGCAAGAGAACGCGGAUUUCAGGAAAGACGUCAAAGAAUGCUGGAAGAAGAUCCUGGUCAAGAGGGACGACGAGCUGCUAGCAGCAGCGAAGGAGCUCAGGACCGCCAAAAACGAUAAGGAAAAGUGGCAGAGGGUGAGCCAAAGCCUCCGAAUGAAGUGGACGAGACUUCAGAGCAACCAGCCUUUCAUUGAUGGGGUGUUGACUUAUGCUGAGGCCAAAGAUGGUCUCCUUAUGGGCAGUACUAUACAGGUCCAGGACCAGAUGAAGAUAGUCAUUCAGGACAACGAUGAUCUCAAGGCUGAGAACGACAAGUUGCGCGCCGACGUUGACAGGUUGUUCGCACACAACGCGGACUCGGUGGAGAUCGAGAUGGAGGUAGCUGAGGCUUAUGCCUCUGAUGACGAGUGA